CCUCCUCGAUAAGUAAAUAUUUUGUUUAUCUUGGAGGAAACUUUCUCUCACUUCACUCGCUUCCUGAGACCGACUUUAAGUAUAGGGGUGAGCCAUAAUAAAGGUCCAUGUCCAUUGUUAAAUAAAUAAAAUAUGGAUAUUGUUUGGAGCAGUGUUCUGUGUUUAUCGGCCAUCAUAACAAUCUCUCAAGGUAAAGAGGUAGAUCUCUAUGUAGGUAUAGAUGAGGUGGAGUGGACAUACAAACAGACGGACAAUAGUGAUGUCGUGUUUAGGAAAGCAGUCUAUCAAGAAUACACAGACCAAUCAUUCUCGAACAGAAAACCCGUGACGUCACAACAAGGACUUCUUGGUCCUGUGUUGAGGGCAUCUGUUGGGGAAACCUUAAAGAUACACGUCAGGAACAACGCUAAACGCCCGUUCUCUUUCUACACUGACGGUCUCAAAACCCAAAAGAAUAUAACAGGUUCCGCCACUUUGGGUAGUCCUGUGAACCCUGGUUCCACCUUGACCUACAUCUACAUCGUGACCGACAAUGGUCCUAGGUCAGGGUCAUCCGCUGGGGAUUGUGUGACGUCACUGUAUUAUUCUGAUGUCAACUUCCUGCAGGACACCAACUCUGGGUUGGUGGGGAUGCUGAUCGUCUGUCAGCCAGUUAGUGCCAUAAAAGCCGAGUUCGAUGGAACUUGUCGGAUUAUAAAGGAUUUAGGCGAGUUCACUCACGUUCUUACCCUACAACCUAGCGGAAAGGACAUCAUUUACAAGUUUCAAAUGACAGGGAAAUACCCUAACGCCAAACCAAACGUGAUAAUCCGGUGUCCGGCCCUAACAGAGGGGGAGAUUGAGGAGAUGGUUAAAUGCAUGGACACUGAGGCGGACGGAACACCAAUGAUACAGACAAUGCUAACCAAAGCUGAACAGUACCUCAGUGCCAACAACAUAAACUCUAGCAGCAAACCCAAAUCAGGAUCGGGCGGGAACCACGAAAAUAAUGGCCGCAAGAACAAAGAGAAGCGGAAGAAACGGAAAGAGAAACAAGAGGAAGAGGAAGUGAAGGAUGAAAAGAAAGCUUCCAUGAAGACAGCUGAUGACGUCAUCAAGCGCAUCCAAUGGGACGCUGAGCUGCCUCAAGACGAGUUUUUGGUGGGCUAUAUAGAUAGGUUCCUUGGAAUCCAGGAAAAAUACUUCACUUCUUUCAGCUGGGAAGACAUUGCUAGUGUUGAUUAUAGCGUGUUGGCUGUACCUAAACAUAGAAUCGAGUAUUUUAAGUAUAAGGAUAUCAAAGUUUGGGAUAAGCCCCGAAGAAUUGAUAACGUAUUUGGCUCGACUGGGAGUAAGACUACAAUUUAUGACGUAAUCGCUAAUUACGAGAAAAAUAAUCCUGGCAGUACUAAACAAGACAAUGGAAAUUAUGAAGAUUCCGAUGAUGAUAGCGAUGAUGGAAUAUCGGUAACUAUUGAUGGCGGCGCAUCGAAUUCGCAGAUGUACAAUGAUGAUGAGGACGAUGAUGAUGAUGACCAAGCAGCUGGCUUUGAUAAGGAAUUGUGUGAUGAUGGCUAUGAUAAAUAUUGGAGAAACAAAGAAAGACCAAACUAUUUCUUGGCUGUCCGAAUAACGGACCCGGACGUAGCUCAAACAACAGAGGGUAUUCAGGAUACCAUAUUGGAACACGAGCCUCGUUUUGAGAGUUGCUGCAUGCCUCUUCAUUGCCUUCACAUGACUCUGUGCACGAUAGGUUUAGACACACCUGAACAAGUGGAACAUUGCGUUUCAGUUCUGAAUCGCUUAAAACCGGAACUGGCUUCCAUGGCACCAAAGAAUAUUCCUAUAAUUUUGAAAGGAAUCAGUCAUUUUUUCAACCGGGCUCUGUACGCUAAAAUCGAAGGUGCUAAGGAAUUGUAUGAAUUUGUGGACCACAUAAAACUGUGUUUCAAGAACGAGGGCAUUGAGAUAAGAGACAAUCACGAAUUUGUCCCACACAUGACAAUUAUUAAAGUGACUCGGCCGGUGGGCAAUUCCACGGGACAGAAAUAUAUCCCGCCUUGGCUCUACUCCCACAAAACGGAUGUGGACUUUGGCCAGCAGGUGCUAGACAAUAUCUACCUGUGUAAGAUGACGCACGAACGGAGAGAGGACGGGUUCUACGUGACGCCAGCUUAUGAAAAGGUCAAGAGUACUAUUUUCCUCCACUUCGGAACAUUUUACGAGGAGGAGAGUUGGUACAGUUCCGCCAAUCUUAGUGCAAGUCUUCGCCAGACGACAUUUUCAACCAUUAAUGGCUACACAGGUGGAAAUCUGCCAGAUAUUGAAGUCUGUUUGGACAGAAAUGUUCGUCUGCAUAUGACGUCACUUGGAGGUCAAAACGACAUACAUACAGUGGUUCUAUAUGGACACCAAUUUGAAGUCAAAAGUCAACGAUUCGAUUCUUUGAGUCUCUAUCCUGGUGCGGCGGUCCAGGCAAACUUUAAGACAUUAGAGGAAGGAACAUGGCAACUGACCACUCAACACACAUCGGAUAAUCUUCAUGGGCGUGUAAUUGUGUCACCAUGCAACUCUACACGUCCGGCCCAGCAACUCUCGGGCAACAUCCGGUACUACUACAUAGCAGCAGAGAGAGAACAGGGCGGAAGCACGCCAGGACCAAUCGUAUUUCAAGAGUACACAGGUCCAACGUUCAAAACAAAGAAACCAAGCAACCUCCAAAUCAACGGGAGACUGGGCCCUCUGAUCUACGCAGAAACCAAAGACAUGGUCAAGGUGGUGUUCUAUAACCGGGCGGACCGGAACCUGACGCUGUAUCCCCACGGACUCCGGGUCGGCAAGAUGUUUGAGGGGGUUCUGUAUGAUGACGUCGCAGGUAAAGGCGCCGUACCACCAAACAGGAUCAAGACCUACUUCUGGAGUGUACCGGAAGAGGUGUCCGUCUCCCUGUUUGACGACGACUGUUUGGUCCGCCAUUACACCUCUGGCAUUGGCCAUGGCGACGAUUCUUUCCUGUUUGGCCCUUUGAAAAUCUGCUUUGAUGGGUUUUCCCAAAUAGUAUCAACGGAGAAGGAGCUAUUCGUCAUACACACUAAAACUUCUACCGACAUCGAAAGCAUAAAUGGCGUCCCCUCGGAAUCCCUGAUCCCCGGCCCCGUGUGUCUGAAAGAGCGCCUGACCUUUCACCUGAUGACGUAUGGUACAAGAGAACCCCAGAGCUUCGUCGUUGGAGGCGGCGUCAUCAGACAGAAAGGUCACGUGCUCAAUGUGUUGGCAGCAGAAGAGAAUUCCAUGUCAUCUUACAAAGUGACUUUUGUGAAAACAGGUAACUGGUCUGUGAGAAGUUUCCGGAAUGAAAAUGUUUCUUUCAUUUUCUCCGUUGACGAUUGUGGGGAGACCAUAGAUUUUGUAUACAGUAGCAAGGAAUACUCUAGUUUUAUUGCAAUCGGAGCCGACAAAUGGAGCUAUUCCAAAGUCACAGAUUGGGCAAGCAAAUUGCCCGGAUUUCAAAUGGGACCAGCCUUCCAGAAGGCGAUGUUUCAAGAAUAUUAUAGUAACUUCUUUUAUUUCCCGAAGACUCCACCAAAUGCUGCUGACAAGAUGCUACAUGGACCACAGCUAUAUGCUAAAGUGGGAGACAAGAUCAAAUUAGACAUAAAGAAUAAAGAAAAGCGACAACAUUCUCUACACGUGGAUGGACUCAGUGACCAAACAAACAUCGCUCCUGAUGGCUCUCUGCAGAUUACUUGGGAGAUAAAUGAAGCCAUUGGGCCAGGGAGCGCAGACCCAUCAUGUAUAAUGAAGCCCUAUUACUCAAGGACCAGCCAACGAGACAUUCCGUCCGGACUGUUUGGGCCCCUGAUCAUCUGUUCCCCCACGGUGCCCAAUGAUGUGGUGGGGUCCAACCUUCAGCAAAAGGUGUUCAUUGUAGGCAGUGUGGACGAGACUCAGAGCUGGUACCUGGAGGAUAAUCUGAAGACAUACACUGGGAUUGUCGACACCGAUGAUCCGAGAUUUGCGGAAGCCAACGCCAUUAGAGCUGUCAACGGAUAUUCAGACGGUUCGAUGAAGAAUAUGACAGUCCCUAUGGGUGAAGAUGUGUACUUCCACUUCCUCAAUGUCGGCAAUGACCUCCUCACCAUCCACAUGUACGGACUUAACACCAGCGUCUCACCUCAGACCAGGGUGGGGCUAAGCACCGUCACCCUGUAUCCCUGGGACUCCAAGUCGAUAGUGACCCGGUUUGACACCCCAGGGUCGUUCCAGUAUGAGGAGCUGACCAGUCAAGGACACACCACCCGAAUCUACGGCUUCUACACGGUGCUGAGCAACACCAAAACAACAGAGUAGACCUGUGCCUUUAUUUUUUUUUCCCCUCCAGAUUCAUGAAGUUUUUUUAAUCUGAUGCGUCAUUAUUAGUAUCAUUUUAAUAGUAUAAACUAUAGAAAAUAUUAAUUUAAUAAAUGAAACGAAAAAUUGAAA